AUUUUUCAUCUUUCCGGUUUCGUCCCGUGACUAAUUCCAUUGGAAGUUUCAGAAUAAACUUUUCUUUAAAUGUUUCCUGUUUUGCCAGCAGCUUUUUUCUGUGAUUAAAGGGGAAUGGACAGCGUGGGCUGGCAUCAGAGUAGCUAUUAACGUUAGAUUUGUAUAUACACGUUUGUAAACUGAAACAUUUUGAAUUCAGUCUACCUUGACGGUUGAUUCUGCACAGACAACACUGGGGAGUCAUCUAGCUAGCUAGCUAACUGUUAGCUGUUGGAUGAAAGCGCUGCAUCAGAGAGUAAACAAGCGAAGGAUGGAGUUGUAUGCUCCCAGAAGUGAUCGAUGUGGGGUGGAGUGCUGAAGAAGAUCUCUCCUGUGACUCACGCUGACUCCGCCCCCUUGCUAGCCCCACCCCCUGUACUUUGUGACCCCUCCUCUGUCCGGUUCUGCCUGGCUUUAGGCCUGAGAUGGAGAAGUCGGCCAGCUGCCCCAAUGUCAGCAUCCCCUGCCAUGAUGAACAGAGAGAAAAGAACAAACGAUACACUGUUUACAAAGUGAUGGUCAGUGUUGGGAGGCAUGAGUGGUUUGUCUUCAGGAGAUACACAGAAUUUGAUAAGUUACACAACACUCUACGGAAACAGUUCCCUUCCAUGAACUUGAAGAUACCAGCAAAGAGAAUAUUUGGGGACAACUUUGACCCAGAAUUUAUAAAGCAGAGACGAGCAGGGCUGCAUGAAUUCAUCCAGAGAAUAGUCUCUCAUCCUCAGCUCAGCAACCAUCCUGAUGUACAAGCCUUCCUUCAGAUGGACAAACCGAAGAACCUCUCCGAUGCCUCGGAAGACGAGGACGAGAAGAGCAGUCCCACCUCAAGCGACAUUAACCUGGGACCAUCUGGAAAUCCUCAUGCGAAGCCCACAGACUUUGAUUUUCUCAAAGUCAUAGGGAAGGGGAGUUUUGGCAAGGUCCUUCUGGUCAAGUGCAAAUUGGACAGGAAGUACUACGCCAUCAAGGUCCUACAGAAAAGAGUCAUUUUAAACCGGAGAGAGCAAAAACACAUCAUGGCAGAGCGUAACGUGCUGCUUAAGAACGUCCAGCACCCUUUCCUGGUGGGGCUGCAUUACUCCUUUCAGACCAGGGAUAAGCUGUACUUUGUGCUGGAUUUCGUCAAUGGGGGAGAGCUCUUUUUCCACCUCCAAAAAGAGCGGACAUUUUCAGAGGCCAGGGCCAGGUUCUAUGUUGCAGAAAUAGCGAGUGCUCUGGGAUAUCUGCAUGCACUAAACAUUGUUUACAGGGAUUUGAAACCAGAAAAUAUUCUUCUCGACUUCCAAGGACACAUUGUUUUAACAGACUUCGGUUUAUGCAAAGAGGGCAUAUCCCAUGAUGAGACCACAAAUACCUUUUGUGGAACACCAGAGUACCUGGCCCCAGAGGUCCUGAGGAAGCAGUCAUAUGACAGCACAGUGGACUGGUGGUGUUUGGGUUCUGUCCUGUACGAGAUGAUCUUCGGUCUGCCUCCAUUCUACAGCAGGGACACGCAGGAAAUGUAUGACAACAUCCUGCACCAGCCACUGACAGUGAGGCCUGGAGCGUCCAGCGCUGCCUGGUCCCUCCUCCAGGGCCUGUUAGAGAAAGACUGCAGCAGGAGGCUGGGUGCCAGAGAGGACUUUAAUGAGUUAAAAAGACACUGCUUUUUCUCCUCCAUCAACUGGGAUGACCUGGUACAGAAAAAGAUUUCACCCCCGUUUAAUCCUAAUGUGAACUCAUCGUAUGACAUCACAAACUUUGACCCGGAAUUCACGAACGAGACGGUUCCGAACUCAGUCUGUAACUCAGCGCAGCAUUCUGUUGUCAACGCCAGCGUUCUGGAGGCCGAUGACGCUUUCCUGGGCUUCUCCUACGCUCCGCCCUCCGACGACUCCUUCCUCUGAAGGCCCUGGUGCCUUAAAGCAGCUCGUGCCUCUCACGCACCUGUGUGAAUUUUCUAAGGGGCCUUCUAAAACUGCUGUGUCUGGCGGAACUGGCUGACCAAAAAGGAUAUUGUGUUUGUAUUUCAUAUUUCAUCCAUCCCGACUGGGAGUAAAGCGUUUAUCAACAGAGAUCACUUAGAAAUAGUUUGGACAGCUGGCUGUGUUCAGAUUUCUUUUCAAAAUAAACACAAUAGAGCUGCUGACUCAUGUUGCUGGGACACUGGGUUCCAGUGUGUGGAUGCACCCCACGGUCUGGCACUAAACCAUACGGUUGCCGUAUCCAUGCCAACUGACCAGCAUCCCCAUAGCGUGUGACAUCAUUGGAAAUGGCAUCACGCAGGGCGAAGGGAUUUAGUGGUGAGACUGCCCUCGUCUCAUUGCGCUCUAGUGACUCCUCUGGUCAUUUUUGCACAUGCAGUCUGUCCACCCAGCUCUACAUGCAGCGUACUCCUCUGACACUAUGACUGUGCAGUCCUGCUGGUGAAAAAGCAGUGACUGUGCACUCACACUAAACCAGGACGUUGCAGCAAAUAGAUCAGCCAACAAAUACUAUUUGGCAGAAAAGAUGAAAAUGAGGAUUAAUUUGAAUCAGAUUUAAAGAAAUCUAACUACGUAAAUAUUAACUGGAAUGUGUACAUGCGCACACACACACACACACAUAUAUAUAUAUAUGUAUCUCAAUCGUUUAAAUGGGGUAGAUGUGGUUUCCAACCCUUUGGACAAUAUGGGCCUUGUAUCCCAAUAUCUAAUAUGUGCUUAUAGACUAAAAAUUAUGAAUAAUAACAGAAAAUGCUGACAUUUCAAUUAUAUUUACACAUAUUACACAUAUUGUAAAGGUGUGGUAUAGUUUGAAAAAAAUCAUGCCAUCACCAAGUUCUCAGUAGUAUCUGUUCUCUCUCUGCUGUAGUUCAGGAAUGCAAUCACAGAAAUGUGUAUUUGCACUUAAACUAUGAAAACUCAGUGAUUUAAAAAAAAUAAACUAAAUGACCCCUAUAAAUAAUAUGAAUAAAUAUGCUCCGCUCAAAGCCAUAUUUAUGUUAAAUCUCUUGUUGUACUGUAUUUUUCUUGUACUCCUCUGGACCAAAAACCUCAUUUCUAGUGAACAGCAGGGAUCACAUCUCUGAUGUAGUUGCUGCUGCUUGAAUUGCAUCUCGCUGUGUACAGUCAGUCAGAGCAGGGGUGUCAAAUGCACGUCCUGGAGGGCCACAGCGCCUGCAGGCUUUUCUUGGCCUCCCGUUAAUCAGCAGCCAAUGUAGGCCUUGGGAACAAGGUGUGAGUCGAGUGGAGUCUUUAACCAAGCAAUGACUUCAUUGCUUGAAGAGACGAAACAUUCCAGAACGUAUGCCUUUCCUGUAGUUUGACACCCCUAAGGCAGAUCUUGAGCUGGAUAAAAUGUUCUUUGUAUUGAGUGUACUAUUUAGUCACACUAAAAGGUAACAGAAAAUAGUUAUUUUGAGGUGGCAUCUAGGGCUGUUGUCAGAAAAUAUUUAUCUAGCUAUCAGUUCCGUUAUCCUUAAUAGAACUUGAAUCUACUGCAAUAUAUUGUAAAAAUGGACUUUUAUGAAAAUAUGAAUAUAUUUCCUAGCAUUGUAUUUUUUGCAAAUAUAUUGCGAUAUCAGGAGAGACAAUAUUUCUGUAUUAGCCCACAUAUUGUGUAGUGUUGCAAUGUCUCAAUAAAUCUUAUUUCAGAAUAUAUAUAUUUUCAAUAUAUUUUAUUUCCCUUUGGCAUUAAUAGGGGAAAUUAAUUUGAUUUGGUAAAAGUUUUCCAAUAAAAUUCUAAGCACUUAAGAUUAAAAUCGGGGGAAGUGUAUGGUGUGACAUACAGUACUGGGUGCGUUAAAGGUCAGCAGUGUGAAUGGGCUAGAAUGAGGGUGCAUGAAGUGCUCUUAACUUCAGCUCAGCACACUGGACCCUACCACCUGCCAAUGGCCCUUUAACAGUCCAUGGUUUUCCCAAAGGUGGACCCUAAGUGCCCUUAGAGAGGCGUGAACCCAGUCACACUUCCCUUUUUGUUUUCUAGUAUUAUUAACAUUGGCAGUCUCUGCAAUAGCCGUUUACCAUGUGAAUAACAUUGCUGAUCAGGACUGUAGCAUUCAGUAUGUCACCUGCAUGUUAGUACUGGUAUAAGAUUAACCUGUGCUAUUUGGUGAUCUCCCUCCUUAGUGGGACCUGUGCCAUGUUAGACAAUGCCUUUGCUCUCUCUGUAACACUCAUUAAGCUUAUUUUUGUGUACAAGUCUGCAAUGCUCAGUCUGUGAAGAUUUACAGCACAACAAAAUGUGUUCUCAGUCUUU